AGAGCCCGUUUUCAGCUCCAAGUUUUGAGUCGCCAAUUCGUAGAGAGCCUCUCCCAUCAAUGGCAGAGACCUUCGCCUUCAAUGCUGACAUCCAGCAGUUGAUGAGUCUGAUUAUCAAUACGUUCUAUUCCAACAAGGAGAUUUUCCUUCGAGAGUUGAUCUCCAAUGCGUCCGAUGCCUUGGACAAGAUCCGUUACGAGUCCAUCACCGACCCGGACAAGAUCGAGGCCCAGCCAAACUUUUUCAUCAAGAUUGUGCCGGACAAGACCAACUCGACUUUGACCAUCGAGGACUCUGGCAUCGGCAUGACCAAGAAUGAACUCAUCAACAACCUGGGCACCAUUGCCAAGUCAGGCACUAAGGCCUUCAUGGAAGCCAUGGCCGCUGGCGGUGACAUCUCCAUGAUUGGCCAAUUCGGCGUCGGCUUCUACAGUGCCUACCUUGUGUCGGACAAGGUUCGUGUUGUCAGCAAGCACAAUGAUGAUGAGCAGUAUAUUUGGGAGUCCGGAGCUGGUGGGUCUUUCACCGUGCAGAAAGACACUGAGCUCGUCCAUGGCGAAAUCAAACGUGGCACGAAGAUCAUUUGCUACCUCAAGGAGGACCAGUCUGAGUUCUUGGAGGAGCGCCGCUUGAAGGACUUGGUGAAGAAGCACUCCGAGUUCAUUGGCUUCCCAAUUGAGCUGUAUGUGGAGAAGAGCAAGGAGAAGGAGGUCACAGACAGCGAGGAUGAAGGUGAAGAG